AUGGCUGCAUUGCCUGCGGCACAAGCUGUGCCAGAUGAUGACGAUGACGACCUUGGGGGUCCAGUGCUCCCUCCUUUGCAGCCGAUACAUGUGACCGCGUUGUUGCAUCAACUGGGCAACACAACAGCUCUCUUGGGUCAGGUGAUAGGGCAGCGCAGUGCCAGUGAUUCUUCGGUGUCGGGACUUACAGGCAAAGACAUGUCUCGCAUCAUGCCCCGUCCAGAGCCUUUCCGUGCUGCAACGAGGGAACAAGAGCAUUCUGCUUGGCCUUCAUGGCUUUGGUCUCUUGAGCAGUAUUUGACUGUCUUGGACCCCAAGUUCGGAGAAGAGAUCGAUCAGCUGAAAUCAAACUUGCACCGGCAGGUGAACAUUUCUCCCGCAGCCACAGACAUCGUCUCGCGCUCGCGGCAGCUCUUCGCUUUGCUUUCGGUGUUGGUAAAGGGACGUGGGUUUCUUGUGAUCAAGUCGGUCUCUGGGAACUGUGGGUAUGAAGCCCUUCGGCAGCUCAUUUCCUUGUAUGCACCGCAGAGCAAGUCACGCAGCCUUGGCAUCUUGACGGCCCUGACACAGGUCAGUGCUUUUAAAUCUGGCGAGGCAAUGUUUCCACAGAUUCUUGAGCUUGAACGGGUUUUUACAGAGUACGAGAGCGCUUCGCAACAGCUUCUUCAGGAGGAGCUCAAGACGGCGCUCCUUUUGCGUUGUUUGCCCGCUGCUUCGAGAAAUCAGGUUCAUGCCACCCUUCCGGAGGAUGCUUCGUAUGCUGCAGUGAGGGACUGUGUCUUGCGCAUCGAAAGGCAGCAGUUCAAGUGGCAAGGCGUUUCAUACUUUGGUGAUGUUGCGCAGGGUUCAGGUGCAGGGACUGGCGAUGGUGCCAUUCCUAUGGAAAUCGACCGUGUUGCCGGCAAAGGCAAGAAGGGCAAGGUGCAGGCUGUGUCCGAGGAGUCGGGAUCCACCGUCUCGACUGUGACUCCGUCUCAGAGUGCCUCUCAGGUUGGUGCAAAGGGUCGGGUUGCUAGGCUUGCGGAGAUAGACCUUACAGCCUUUGAUGAGUGUGAUGAGGAGUUUCUUGAUGGAGACACCCGCGUUUGCAUGAUUCAGUGCAGCAUGGAACGAGUUGAGCACUUUUCGAUCAGUGACCCCUCUGAGGUUCGUUGCAACGCUUGGGAUACGAUCUGUGAGUACGAGCUUUUGAGCCUCCCGAGUGAUGUGCUCUUGAAGCUGUGUGAAGCCAAGCAGCUGGAGUGCCAUGCGGAUCAUUCCAAAUCCCUUGCAGAUCCCUUCAAGUGCCAUGCAGAUCAUUCCAGAUCCCGUGCAGAUUCCUUCAAGUGCCCUGCAGAUCAGUCCAGAUCCCUGGCAGAUUCCGUCAAGUGCCCCGUGCAUCAGGUCAGUUGUGAUGCCGAUCAGGUUGGUGAUCCUGCUCCAUCGUCGGCUCAGAGGUUCGUCGAUGCUUCAGGUCGUUUGCUGCAGUCCAAAGGCAUACGCAUUGCAGAGGUUCGUGUUGGGUCCAUCAGGUUCCGUGAAAAGUUCUUGAUCGGAGGAGUUACUUGCCCUCUCCUUUCUUUGGGCAAAUUGUACAAGGCAGGAUUUUACGUAAUCCCCUCCACUUCAGGUGACAGUGACUUCAUCCUCACCAACGGUGAUCUGUCCGAACCGGUCAGGUUGAAGAGGCAAUCUCUAUGCGCAACGGGCAGUGUGCGUGUCCUCAACGCUCUACCUUCAGCAGUGCGGGCGGUGAGUGCAGCAUUGCAUGGUCCUUUGCUCCGUCUUGACUCUUCAGGGUGGCAAAGGAUAGGUUCCAGACGCUAUGCGCUCCUAAGUUUUGGGCAGGCUUAUGUCGACAGCACGCUGAUUCCCUUGACUGAGUUGCUUUGGUAUCGCACCACACUUGUGCGCAGAGAUGGCCGGUGGACCGUUGCUGAGUUGGCGGCCGAUGUGAGCUCUUUGACGGAUCGUACGUUGCCGCUUGGGCCCCCGGCUGUCGAACAGGUUAUCACCAUUGCGUAUGACGAUGCCUCCCUAAGUCCUGAGAGCCUAGGGUUUAGUCCCUCUGAUUCCGAUGACGUGCCAAGUUCCCUUCAAGGUGCAGGUUCUGUUGAGGCUCCAGAGGUUCCGAUGCCAGAUGCCGCCGAUCAAGGUGCAGGUGUAGGCGGACUUGAAGGUGAUAGCGAUCUCCCUCCGAGUGCUGAUCAAGCGGCUCCAGUCGCUCCUGCGGCUGAUGGAGGUGGAGAGGCGGCUCCAUCUGAACGCGAAGUCAUUGACAGCGUCACUGUGAACGGUGUUGUGAUUGACCGCAACUCUUCGCUUCGGGUCAUGCGUGCUGCCCUUGUCAGCCUUGGCUUGGGUAAGAAUGGGUCUAAGAGCCAGUGUUGGGAGCGUUUGGUGCGCCAUCUGCGUGAGUCCGAUCUUUUGCGUGAGCAUCAGGUCCAUCACAACUUGAGCGCCGAGCUGAGUCGGCCACCACAUGCACCACCAGUUCCUGCAGCUCCUUCGGACCACGAUCGUGCACAACAUGUGCUGACACAUGAACCGUACCAGCCCUGGUGCGAUGCUUGUGUCAAGUUUCGCGGAAGACAGGAUCGCCGCCCGUCUGAGGCUUCGCAUGAUCCUGGAUCUCGGUCUGUCUUGUCUUUUGACUUUGGAUACUGCUCGAGGGAAGCCGAUGACGGUGUUCGAGAAGCCAAGGACCGCCUGACAGUCUUGUUUCUUCAUGAUCGUCACACCAAAGCCGUGCAUGCCAUUCCUACGGCUCAGAAGGGCGGCAGCAGCCUCAGUCACUUGGUUACAGAAUCCGCGAGGUUUGCGAUAUGGUUGGGUCACCGGUCCCUCCGACUCCGAUGUGAUAAUGAACCCGCUAUCCUUGCGGUGCAAGCCGGUCUCUUGAAGGCCCUUCGGAAUCUUGGUGUCGACGUGUCCAAGGACACCGCUCCUGUGGAGUCUCACCAGAGCAAUGGUCCGGUUGAGCAGGACGAUCAAGUGUUGUUUCCACCGCUGCAUCCGAUCUACGGAUGGGCCCUUGCCCAUGCCUGCUGGCUUCGCAACCGUUACACGCCUGUGCAUGGCACUACUCCGUACGAGGCUGUGACUGAUUCGGCGUACAGCGGCACCAUCUGUCGCUUUGGAGAAAAGGUCCUGGGAUACCUCAAACCUGACGGCAAAUCCUCGGCGCGCUGGCGCCACGGCCUCUGGCUUGGAAAAGCUAUAGGCAAUGACACCCACAUUUUGGGUUUGGUCGGUGGCGUCUUCGUGACGCGCUCAGUGCGAAGGUUUGAAGACAAUUUCGAUCCGGACUUUGCAGCCAGCUUUGAUGUGAGUGUUUUCGAGCACGGGCUCUCGUCCAUAGGGGGGAAACUUGUACUUGGGCACAAGAAGCCAGCCGCUCCUGUUGCAAUGCCUAUCCCAGCCUACGUUGGCCCUCCUCCUUCACCACCAGCCGCUGCAGAAUCGCCUCUUCCUCACGAGGCUCGAGGCUCUCCUUCACAGAUUGCAGGCACCGACUCGCCAGUGCGGUCUCCAACAUCCAUCAACUAUAGCCCUUCUGAUGGCAUGAGUGCCACGGAGGAUGCUGCUCUUUCUGAUCGUCACGGUGAUGUGUUGUUCACUGACGCAGGUGAACCCAGCUCAGCCGAGGCGGGGAUGCCCGCAAUUCCUGCCGAGGCGGGGGCAGUUGCCUCAUCCGCUCCUCUGAUUUCUGAGGCUCUGGGCCUCAGUGAGAAUCCUCGACCAGCCAAGGUCGCCCGCAGGUCUGAUGAUGACCAAGUGAUGGCUCUUGAAGGGCAGAUUUCUUUGAUUACCGCCCCUGGCUGCUGUGCGGAUGAAGUGCCGGCUGGAGAUUUGCUUGUAACCUCUGGAGAGGAGUCUCCCUGCGUUGUGCACAUCAGGCAAGUGUGUUAUGAGCAUGAGGAUGAAAAUGUCACUUUGACGUUUGAUGGUGACACGCUUGAUGAGCUCGAGGAUUACGACCAAAGUUUUCUUGAGGAUCAGUCUGGUGACACUGAGUUGCUGCCUGAGCUGUGUCGGCCUCGCACUUCAGACAUUGAGCCAGAGCUCUCUCCGGAGGAGCUCGAAGCUUUGGAUGUGAUUGCUGAUGGAGUUGAGAUUGCUAGGCUAGAAGGCAUGACUGUGCUGCUUCCUGAGUCAGCAGCUCAUAACGAUGAGUACGCUGGUCAAGAGGCCACUCACCUCACCACGCGCAUGGUGCGCACGUGGCGUGAGAAGGAGCUUGGUGGCUCCCCAGUUUGGUACCGACGCAGCCGGUACGUGGCCCGAGAGUAUGCGUGGCUCAAUGAGCGUCAUGACCUCUUUUCGCCCGCCUCCACAGCACUUUCGAACCGCUUGCUGCCGAUCCACUACCUGUGUCACGAGCCUGACCCUGAUGAUCCUUGGGUCAUGGUCGCCCUCGACAUCAGUGACGCUUACCUUAGCGUCAAGCAGACCCGCCUGGUCAUUGUGCAGCAUGCAGGUGUCCGCUACGUGCUGGGACGAGUCCUGCCCGGACAGCGGGACGGAUCCAAGGAGUGGUACUUGGCAUUUUCCAGUUUUCUUGAUGAAGCCUUGGGUUUUAAGAAGUGUGAUGCUCUGCCCUCGUUGAUCCGCGAGCCAGCUUCCAAGUUCAGUAUGCAGAUGCAUGUCGAUGACUUGUUGGGUGCAGGCAGCAAGCGCUUUCUUCUUGAGCGCCUCCGGCCCACGCUUGAAUCAAAGUAUCGUGUAAGCAUCCGCAUCCUUGAGGCUCCGGGGGACACGAUUUCGUUCUUGAAGCGGCAUCACACACUUCUUGCUGGCGGUAAAAUGCUGCUAACACCCUCGGCCAAGCAUUUUGAAAAGUUGUUUUCUGUGAUGAAAAUCGAUGAACGGAGUGCUCCGAAGAAGACUCCUCAUGCGCCGCAGCUUGAUGAAGUAGACAACAGCGAGCUUCUCGCGUGUGCAGAUGCAAAGGCUUUCCGCUGUGCCAUUGGCAUUCUUUUGUACUUGGCAGUGGAUUUGAUCGAGUGUCAGGGUGCCAUCCGUGCGUUGAGCAGCUACAUGACUUCGCCAACACGCAAUGCGCAGGCUGCUUUGAGGCAUCUGUUGAAGUAUCUUCUUGAAGGCCAACACCAUGGUCUCUUGCUUGAUCGCAGAAACUGUUACAACGGAGUUUCCGGCGAGAUUCCGAGACCGAGCCAGCCGAUCCUGUGCUUAGAAGCUUUUUCGGACGCCAACUGGGCGGCGCAUCGCGGCUCUCGCAAAUCGGUUAGCUCAGGGAUGGUGUUCGUAGCAGGUUGCCUUUUGUACAGCUCUAGCCGUACACAAAGGGUGAUUGCUUUGAGCUCAGGGGAAUCGGAAUUGCUUGCGGCGACGUCUACGCUUUGUGACGCUUUGUUUGUUCGGCAGCUGCUCGCUUUCAUUGCCGACGAUGAGCCACCCCAGAUUCAUCACUUCCUGGACGCCAGCGCUGCCAAAGGCAUCAUGGAGCGAAGCGGCGUCGGCCGCGUUAGGCACUUGAGCGUCCGAGUCUUGUGGACUCAGCAGCUUGUUGCGGAUAAGAUCAUCAUGCUUCGCAAAGUUGCAACGUCGAUCAAUGUGGCCGACCUGAACACCAAAGGCCUUUCUCGGAGCCGCAUGCUCAUGCUUUUGCACAUCAUCGGUUGCUGGCAUACUGUGCAUGAGUGCUUUGUUGGAGAAGAUGAGAUUGCUGAUCUACGCUACAAGCAAGCAAUGAAGGACGCUGUGCGUGCCGUCCGCUCCACAUCGAGUGCGUCCGUGAGCAAGCCUAUGAUUCAGGCCAUUGUCAUCGCUGUUGUGAGCGCCUUGAGUCGUGCUGCGGAUGAUGCUGACGGUGACAACGGCUUGGAUGACUCAGGAGCUGAUCUUCCUGACUGGGCUAACCGGGUCCUUGUGUGGUUCUUGGGACUGUGGGUCCGCGAUGACACCGGCGUGUCUGUCAUCGACAUGCUUGUGCAGCCCCAUGCUUUGGUCCUUGCGUGCGUGACAAUGCUGAUGCUUGUGUUGUGCAUCCGCACUUUGUGCUGCAGGGUAUCUGAUCGCGGCCAGGUCAAUGUGCAGAUCGCUGGCCCUCGUGAUCAUGUCUCUUUUCAGUUUGAUCGCCAGCUCAAUUUGCAUGUUGGAGUUGGUGCGCCUGGGACUCCUACGAAUCCUCUGUCUUUCGACUUUGAUGGUGAUGAUAGCCCUCCACAUGUUUUGUCCGCGCUACGCAAAGGUGCAAGGUCCAAAGCUUCUACCAGACCAGGUCCGAGGUGCGAAGAUGAGGAUGCUCCUCAUCCCGACGCGAGUUCGUCAGCAGCACCGCCCACUGGUGCGAUGAAUGCAGUGCAGGCUCAUGUGCAUCCUGCUGACCAUGCAUCAGCACCUGGAACACCAGCAGAGUCAAUGAGUUCGCAGCUUUCGACGCAGUCGUUCCGCGAGCUGCACGGGUACCCUAUCGCCGUGGCACGGAGGAUGAACCACCGUGGGAGCCUCGUGUGGGUGUCGCACACGGGCCGCUGCUAUCAUCGUCUCCGGUGCUUUAAGCUUGAUGGGUGCGAUCGUGUGAAGGCGUACGAGCGCCACGAAGCACAGAACCGCGGACUCCGUGCAUGCAAGAAAUGCAAUCCUUGA